UUUGGCAGCACUCAUCGAGUUUCUGAGGCACUUGAUUGUUUAUUAGUGGCUGUCGGAAUGUCUAAUGGUCAUGUGGUUUUCUUCACUGAAAGAGGUUGGUAUGCCUUUCUUUCUUUCGUUUUUCGCGAAAACUUUGUUUUAUCGCAUUUUCAGUUUAAAGAAAGUCAGCAGUUCACGGUGGUAACAUCCGUGGAUUUUUUCGCCGUCGAUCCUGUCAGUCUUCAUUCCACCCUUCUGAAAGCCAAAUCCGCUAUAGCAAAAGGUGAAAAGACCGCUGAGGAAUUGUCAAAAACACUGGAAGUCGACGUUGAUCGCUUAAAGCCUGAGAACGGGUACAUUUCGGCUUCAGAAAAAAUAGUUUCCGGCAUGUGUUGUUCACUGGAAUGCAUUAUCAGUCUGCCCUUGAGCAUUAACAACUUCUUAUUCAGAUAUUUUUCUCUUCCCGCAUAUUAUACUUAUAUGUACACAUCUGACAAAGUUUUUUCGACUUUUGCAUGGACUACCGAUUCUGACAAGAAGAAGAUUUGGCAAGAAGCGAUAAAAUACGGCAAAUCUUUCGUACCGCAUUUCGGAUUUCGUGAUAUGCUUGGUUUUUCUUCAACACCAAAAAAGAAGGCCGCUGUAUCGCAAACUUCCCAUGCAGUAACGACUCGAGGAACGUUGGACGAUUCUCGGCUCGCUGUGGAAACAGCGCUGGAAGCGUCGCGCGGUCUUGUAGCUGUCGUGGAUCACAUAGCUAGGAUUGUGCUGAUUGAUAUAGUGAAUCGACAAAUAAUUCGAAUAUGGAAAGGCUACAGAGAUGCUACUGUUGCAUGGAUCAAUUCUUCGAAUAAUGAGCAAACUGCGUUGUUUUUGGCAAUUUUCGCUCCACGUCGGGCCUUGCUUGAAGUGUGGAAUGUACAGGUAAUUCAUUUACUCAUUUACUUCCUCAGAAUAGUAUAUGAAAGUAAGCUUUCAUUAUCUUUCUUUCGACUUGUGGUUCCAUUUCAUCUUUCGAUGAUUCGUGUAACUUCGCAGGAUCAGCAUGAUCAGUUGUUGUUAUCGAAGGUAUUGGACUUCAUCUAUAUAAUGAUUGAAGGCCGUCAAUUCCUUAACUCCUCAAUUCAGUUCUCAUCUUCGCCAGACUUGGACUUGUUCAUGGAGGUCUAUUCAAUGCUCCCCUUGAUUCAGGUCGGUUCACUGGUGGCUACAGAAAAAUGGAGCCCAAACCAGCUAGAAGAGAAACUGAAGUCGAUCGAUUGUCUGAAUGAAUUGCAAUCCCUACUGCCAAAUUCAUUGAAGCAGUCAUUGCUUUGUUGUGACAUUGCCUGGGAAUUGAUGAGCCAGUGGUUCAAGGAUACCUUGCAGUGUUUUGAUAAUUUUGAGCUGGCACUGGGCUACCUCGCAUUGGUUGAUGAUAGCCGUUUACGUCACGGUGUUCUGGUAUUAAUGUGGCAGAAUUUCAUACUGGAACGAUUCAAAGCUGUUGUGCUGCUGAUUGAAAAGACGGGUCGUGCUCCCAAGGAAAGAGAGGCCCGUCAGCAGCUGCAAAUGCCGGAGAUACGCGUCGAGUUUCUAUCGAGGUGCCACGAAUUACUGAAAAUGCUUAUGGAUGACGUCAGAGACUCACCCCCUCCGUCACACAUACAGCAGGAUCAGCUGAUUGAGAUAGCUCAAUCCCAUCCUCCUGCCAGUCUACAGAUAGCUGGUACGUCAAGAGACUCGCUGGUAGAGUUGGCAAUUCGGCAACAGUUGGUCAAUUACCAUCUCGUUCUUCACCACUACCAUUUGGCAGUAGCUGCUGCAAUUCAGUUAUCGGCUGGUCUCCGUAAUCAUAUACUGCGUGUUCUGUUCUGUCCAAUUGGACAACGUGCUUUCUUUCUCCCUUUGGAUUCCCAUCCUUUGAUACCUUUGGACCGAGUAGAUGAUGCUGUUGUGGAACGACGGCAUCAGUUUCUUACUAAGGUAGCCGAGCAGGGAACAGAUAUAGAUCGAAAACUUGCGAGGUUCUUGUCGUUCGAGUGGAACUUGACAGUCGAUACUAUCCAAAUAACGGUGAGUAUUCUCUUUUUUCUGUUACGUGGACCAUUCGUACCGUUAGCUUGUCUCUCCCACGAGAUUUCCAAUUUGGAUAGCGGAAUAUUGGUUUCUGUUGGAAUUUACUUGAUAUUAAUGUUUAGUUUUCUCAACACGCUGGCUGGUGAUGAGAAGAUGCGUGUCGAUUGGCCAACUCCCAACUGGAUAGAAGCUGUGCAGUCGUUUGGUCGAAUCGUAGCCGGUCUGUCAUUACAGCCGCAGUUUGUCGUGCCGUUUGUUCGCAUCGGUGGUAUUACUGCACAGUACUGGGGAAUUCAUAUAAUUGAUUAG